UCUACCAGUGCGGGCUCACCUCGCCCUGAUUUAUCGAAAUGAAAACUUUUGCAGAAUUUUUAUGAUACAAUGUUAUUCCUUCAUCAUAGAAAUCAUUCAUGAACCGUAAUAAGUAUCAAGUAUGUGUUUCGGUAGAAUAAUUGGUACCUUCCUUGAACGCUUGUCCAGUCGCAUCGCUUGAUACGAAUGCACCGGGUGACACUUAGCCAUGACGACGUCAAAACAAAGUAGGAUCAGACUGUGCGACCUAUGUUCCUUUUGAUGAUUUGCCUUUCUGUUGCAAUAUAGCUUAUAAUACAUAAACAUGGUGGGGACUUUUUGGCGAGAACGUGAGGAGUGAAUUGUGAUUUGUUUUAUUUUGUCUAUUUUAGUGUUUAUUCGGGUUUAAAUGUGUAAUAACGGUGGUUUCUUGACUAUUUAGUAUUUGUGAAAGUGCACACAUGUGGAAAAAUGAAACAAAGCUGCUGAAUGUAACUUCUUGGGAUGCUCCAAAAAGUCCACUGAAAAAGUCUCAGUAAAUGACCACCAUUUUACUGAGAUUAUAUUUCAUCUCAUCUCAUAUAAUCUUAUCUCAUUUGUUUAAGUUCAUGCCAAUUGAUUAAGUUUCCUUCGUUUUUUAUUAUUCAUAAACUUUAAAUAAAUAAAACGGCGAAUUAUAAAAAUCCAUGGAGUUAAUAAGUACCAUAAAAAUCUUAUUACUUGACGCUGGCUAAUGCACAAACCGUGCCGGAUCCAAAAACUAAAGAAGAAACUAUUGGGUGGGACUACUUGAACUUUUUUGGCGGGAAUGCGAGAAGCGAAGCUGUGUGAAUUUUGUCAAUUUAGUUUCUUAGGGUUUUGACGUGUUUUAUCGGUGAAUUAUUAACUGUUCAAUAUCUCUGAAAGUGCACUAAUCACUGAUGAGGGAGGGAAAGUGAAAUAAAUGCGCUGGACAUUGGGUCUCAGGUUCUUCCAAAAAGUGCACUGAAAAAGUCUUAUAGUAAUAUAACCACCAUUUUACCUUCUUUAUUUAUCCCAUCUCCUUUUUUUGUAUCAUCCCAAAUUUUCAUAUGAAAACAAAAUAAGAAAAUAUAAGACUUGGCUUGAAGGUCUCUUCACCAGGUUCAUAAAAUUGAAAAGAUAAAAAUAUGAGUGAUUGUACAAAGACUGUGAAUUGUCCUAUAUGUAAUAGAAGUUUUGAAAAUACCGAAAUUGAGGAACAUGUAAACAAAUGUCUUUUUCUCAAUUCUUGUGAAAAAUCUAAUUCGAAAAGACAAGGGCAACAACUAUUAUCUCCAAAUGAAAAAAGAAAGAAAGUUGAAAAGUUAACAGCUUUGCCUCCAAACUUGAAGAGUUCACAAUCACAAAAAAUAAGCACAAAUGAAAACAUAAAAAUACCUCUAUCAGAGUCUUUAAGGCCAAAAUCUCUGGACCAGAUUGUUGGACAAAAGCAAUCAUUUGGCACAGAUUCAAUGCUCCGAUCGAUGCUUGAACAAAACAAGAUUCCUAACAUGAUUUUGUGGGGUCCACCAGGCUGCGGAAAGACGUCAUUAGCAAAUGUUAUCUCUAAUAUUUGUAAAAAACAAAAUAAUUUAAAAUUUGUAAAACUAUCAGCUACUACAUCUGGCAUCAAUGAUGUAAAGGAAAUUGUUAAAAUAGCAAAAAAUGAUGCACAAUUUAAAAACCAGACUAUUUUAUUCAUGGAUGAAAUCCACAGGUUUAACAAACUUCAACAGGACACUUUCCUGCCCCAUGUUGAGAAUGGUACAAUAACUCUGAUUGGAGCCACAACUGAAAAUCCUUCUUUCAGUCUCAAUAAUGCUCUACUUAGUAGAUGCCGGGUUGUUGUCAUGGACAAACUGACCACUGAAGAUGUGAUGGUUAUUUUAAAGAAAGCCGUUGAAUACAAUGAAGCAAAACUUAUUAAUACAAAGGAAACUGUGAACAAGAGUGAUGAACCUGAUCAAACCAUACCCAGGUAUUUAAUUGAAGAAGCUUCUUUGCAAUGGCUGGCAGAAAUGUGUGAUGGAGACGCUAGAGUCGCUUUAAGCGCCCUUGAACUGGCGCUUAAUGCUCGAGAUCCGGGCUCUGAUGUGCACCUGAACGGCCCAGCAGUGUUAACACAUGAUGAUAUCAAAGAUGGAAUAAAGCGCUCGCACGUGGUAUACGACAAGCACGGCGAAGAACAUUACAACACGAUAUCUGCUAUACAAAAGUGUAUCCGCGCUGGAGACGAUAACGCAGCGCUUUAUUGGACAGCCCGAGCGAUGCACGGUGGCGAAGAUCCAUUAUAUAUCGCGCGACGAUUUGUUAGAAUGGCCUGUGAAGACAUAGGCUUAGCCGAUCAAUCCGCAUUAGUAGAAGCAGUUGCGUGUUUUCAAGGUUGCCACCAAAUAGGGAUGCCCGAGUGUGACGUCCUGUUGGCUCAGUGUGCUGUGAGAUUAGCCCGGGCUCCGAAGAGUCGUGAAGUAUACAACGCACUGAAACGGUGUCAACAAUCUCUAAAAGAAACUAAAGGUCCUCUCCCACCAGUUCCAUUACAUUUACGGAAUGCACCGACCAAGCUAAUGAAGCAAAUAGGGUAUGGAAGUGGAUACAAUCUCCUGAGUAAGGAAGAAUCUGGACUUACCUAUUUGCCAGCAGGAGUUGAAGGUGAUUAUUUUCAGAAGGAAUACGAAGGCGAUUAACAUAUUGAAAAUAAAUAAAGACAUCGUUCCUAA